AUGAGUUCCGAAAUGUCUGGGGAGCAGAUGCAGGCCAAAAUCGCCGCUGCUCGACGCGAUGCCGAAGGUCUGAAGGAUAGAAUCAAGAAGAAGAAAGAUGAACUUGCGGAUACCUCAUUACGGUCGGUGGCCAACAGCAACACAGAUCAGCUACCCAAGAUUGGCAUGAAAGCGCGGAGGGUCUUGAAAGGCCAUCUAGCGAAAAUAUACGCCAUGCAUUGGUCGACAGAUCGCAGGCAUCUAGUCUCUGCUUCCCAAGACGGCAAAUUAAUUAUCUGGGAUGCUUACACAACGAACAAGGUUCAUGCCAUUCCUCUUCGGUCAUCAUGGGUCAUGACAUGUGCCUAUGCUCCAAGUGGCAAUUAUGUGGCUUGCGGAGGUCUAGACAACAUCUGCUCGGUAUAUAACCUGUCGUCAAGAGAAGGGCCCACACGCGUAGCUCGAGAGUUGUCAGGUCAUUCGGGGUAUCUCUCAUGCUGCCGUUUCAUCAAUGACCGCCGUAUCCUGACCUCCUCCGGCGAUAUGACUUGUAUGCUGUGGGAUGUCGAAACGGGCUCGAAAGUCACCGAGUUCGCCGAUCACCUGGGAGAUGUUAUGAGCAUCAGCAUCAACCCUACAAACCAGCACGUGUUCAUUUCGGGAGCCUGCGAUGCCUUUGCUAAGCUGUGGGAUAUCCGGACUGGUAAAGCCGUGCAGACUUUUGCUGGGCACGAGUCGGAUAUUAAUGCCGUCCAAUUCUUCCCUGAUGGUCAAGCCUUCGGAACAGGGUCCGACGAUGCUACUUGCCGGCUUUUCGACAUCCGAGCCGAUCGUGAGCUCAAUACAUAUGCCAGUGAUCAGAUACUGUGUGGAAUUACGUCCGUGGCAUUUUCUGUAUCAGGGCGGCUGCUCUUUGCCGGGUAUGAUGAUUUUGAGUGCAAGGUGUGGGACGUGCUCCGUGGAGAUCGGGUUGGGAACCUCAAUGGCCAUGAAAACAGGGUGAGCUGUCUCGGUGUCAGCAACGAUGGCAUGAGCCUAUGCACCGGAUCCUGGGACUCGACCCUCAAGGUAUGGGCCUGGUAG